AUGGUCUACGAAUCCAGAGACGGCUGCUCCGAGAAAGAGAUCGACAGCGGGGUACUUACUCCUCGAUCGCUGCCGCCGUACGAGACUGACGGCACCGACUGCAGUCCAGCCCGGGACGACGAGAUUGCCGUUGAGAGAGUAGCAACUGCUCUCGACGACGAGACCAAGGACGCCGCCGCCGCCAACCCGGCCAAACGAGUUCUCUCCAAGGUCGUGACCGCCCGCUCUGCGGCUUCCAUCCGGGACCCCGGCCCUCCGCCCGAUGGCGGUCUUCGCGCCUGGACCCAGGUGCUCAUGGGCCACAUCUGCAUCAUGAACACCUGGGGGUACAUCAACUCCUUUGGCGCCUUCCAGGCCUACUACACCUCCACCCUGGCCGUCCCCAGCUCCCAGAUUUCCUGGAUCGGCACCGUCCAGGUCUGGCUGCUCUUCUUCAUCGGCACCGUCUCGGGCCGUGCCACCGACGCCGGCCUGUUCCGCCGCGUGUACAUCCUCGGCGUGUUCCUGAGCCUGCUUGGCAUCUUCAUGACAUCGCUGUGCACCCAGUACUGGCAGCUCUUCCUCGCCCAGGGCGUCUGCACCGGCCUUGGGAACGGCCUCAUGUUCUGCCCAACCGUGGCUCUUGUGGCCACCUACUUCUCCAAGAACCGAGCCCUUGCCAUUGGACUCACCGCAUCCGGAUCUGCCACCGGCGGGCUCAUCUACCCAUCCAUGGUCAGGCAGCUUCUCCCCCAGGUCGGCUUCGGCUGGACCAUCCGCAUCCUCGGCUUCGUCUCUCUCGCAACCUCGGCCGUGACCAUUGCCCUGUUCAAGGUCCGCCUGCCUCCGCGGCCGUCGGGGCCGCUGAUCGACAUGUCGGCGUUCAAGGAGCUCACCUAUUGUCUCUUCUGCCUUGGCAUGUUCCUCAACUUCUGGGCUCUGUACUUUGUCUUCUACUACAUCAGCGCCUUCAGCCGAGACAUCAUAGGGCUGUCGUACACCGACUCGCUCAAUCUGCUGCUCAUCCUCAACGGCGUGGGCUACAUUUCGCGCAUAAUCCCACCCUUCGUCAGUGACCGCGUCACCGGCCCGUUGAAUUUGAUCAUCCCAUUUGCUCUCGCGACGGGCAUCAUGCUCUUCGCAUGGUCGGCGGUGCACACGACAGCAGGGCUGUAUCCGUUUACCGUCAUCAUCGGUUUGACGUCCUCUGGCGUCCAGGGCCUCUUCCCGUCGGUGCUCAGCAGCCUGACGCCAGACCUGAAGAAGACGGGGACGCGGAUGGGCAUGGCGUUUUCGAUUGUUUCCUUUGCGGCGCUGACGGGGCCGCCGCUCGCAGGAGCGCUCAUUUCAGACAACAACGGAAACUAUCUGCGCGCGCAGAUGUGGGGGGGCACGGUUCUUGUGUGCGGCAGCUUGACGCUAGUCGUGGCAAGGGUCGCCCAGACAGGUCUCAAGCUGAGAGCCAAGAUCUAG